AUGCAUGUGGAGCUGGAUAAAGAUGACGAACAAGAUCAAGGGUGUGUACAAAAAAGAGUUGGUGAAGCUUGUGAAGCUGGUAAAGUUGGUGAAGUUGGUAAAGUUGCAGAAACUGGUCAAGUUAAACGUGUGAAAAAAAAUGAGCUGACCCGAAAUGAUGAAAAUGUUGCAAGUGAUGAACGAGAAGACAUGCUGCAAAUGUGUAAUGGUGAUAGGCUUCAAGGUACUAAGGUAAAUGUUGAAUGGGAAGAUGGUUUGAAUUUGACUGUAGGUCAAGAAUUUGGAAGUAAGAAAGUAGUACAAGAUCUUCUUGAAAAACAAGCACAUAAGAGCUGUUAUAAGUUUGUAAUAGUGAAGUCAGAACCAAAGCUGUAUGUGGUAAAAUGCAGUGAAACAAAAAAAGGCUGCAAGUGGUCAUUAAGAGUUGCGAAGCUUAAGAAUUCAGAGUGUUUCUCGGUUAGAACUUACAACAAGUUGCAUUUGUGUUUUCGUUCAACUACAAGUACAAACAGAAUUAAAAGAAAAGGCACACCAAGGUUAAUAGUAUCUGUUUUGCGUGAUGAUUAUCCAUGUAAGCUUAAGACUCCUGUUCCCAAAGAAGUCAUACCAUUGGUUCAAUCAAGAGUUGGUGUUAAAGUGUCGUAUUCCACCGCAUGGAGAGGGAAAAAGGAGGAUGAGAAUGAUGUUCGCGGUAGUGAUGAGGAAAAUUACAAAAUAUUGCAUUCUUAUUUGCACAUGUUAGAAAUUGUGAAUCCACGAACUAUUUCAUUUGUGGAAUUGGAUGAGAAGAAGAGAUUUCAGUACUUAUUCUUUGCAUUAGGAGCUUGCAUUGAAGGGUUUGCUGCUAUGAGAAAAGUGAUUAUUGUGGAUGGAACUCACCUUAAGACUUCACAAGGUGGAGUGCUCAUUAUUGCUUCAGCUCAAGACCCAGAUCAUCACCAUUAUCAUAUUGCUUUUGGUGUAGUUGAUGGUGAGAAAGAAGCGAGUUGGAGUUGGUUUUUCUAUAAGCUAAAAUCAAUAAUUCCAGAUGGUCCUGAGCUUGUGUUCGUUUCUGAUAGAUGUCCAAGCCUUAUCAAGGAAAGGUAUCAUGCUAAAGCAAAUUAUCUAGAUAAAUAUGUUGAAGCAAAAAAUUGGGCAAGAUGUUAUUUUCCAGCAGAAAGAUACAACAUAGACACCAGCAAUUAUGUUGAAUCCAUUAAUGGUGUUUUCAAAGAAGCAAGACAGUUAUCACUCUUACCAAUGAUUGAUGCUAUUGUUGAUAAAUUCGCAGAGUGGUAUAACAAACAUAGAAAUGAAGCUGAAGAUGCACCAAUUACGCAAAUGAUGGUGCCUUUUGUUGAGAAAGUGUUGCACUCGAGAUGUGCAAAUGCGAAGUUGUUACCGAUGAAUGAACUAAAUAGCUUCUUUUUGGUGUACAAUGUGAUCGGAGUUGAUAGCGUUGGCUAUUUGGUAGACCUGAAAAACAAAACUUGCUCUUGCAAGCAAUUUGAUAUUGAUCAAUAUCUAUGUGAGCAUGCAAUAGCUGCUGCAAUGGAAGCAACUAAUAAUAUAGAAAACGAGAUUCAAUUACAAGAUUUAUGCUCCAAAUAUUAUUGGAUGGAGCAGUGGUCAUUGGCGUAUUGCCGAACGAUAUAUCCAUUAUCCCAUAUGUCUCAGUGGGUUUGUACCUGA